AUGGGCUGGUGGAAAGCAGAUCCCGCCCCAGAGCCUCAUGCGCCACCCGCAGUAUCCUCAGUCACUACUCAAGAUCAAUCCAGUCACCACCUCCCACAGCAACUCCCUGCAGAUUCCGCCUCAGCUUGCCCGGUCGACCCCAAAACCAGAGAGAUAUGGCUCCAGCAGGCCCAACAGAUAAAGGGUUCACAGUCAAAAGGAGAGACACCGUUGCGCAACCCACAACAGAGAUCACAACCUUCCCUCCCGCCCUCGCAUCCUCCGCUUCCCAAGGCGACAGCAAUAUCAUCUCAAGAAUGCUCCUCCGACCGUAUUUCACAAGAUCCUAGCCUCGAGACUCACUCUGGCUACCAAAGCGCACGGCCCCUCUCACACGGCCGUGUGAUCUCCUCCAUUCCGCGCGCCUUUCCGCAAUCCGCGCAAGCUCUCUCUCCCUCUGAGCCCCCUCCGACGACAAGCGUCCCAGCAAACUCCGAGUCUGAAACGGGAACAUCAUCCAGUGGCAAUUGGAUCUAUCCGUCGGAGCACCAAUUCUUCCACGCCGUGAUGCGCAAACAGACGCUCUCGUCGUCGAACCCGACCGACCUAGCCACAUCGGUGUCCGCGAUCAUCCCGAUCCACAACGCAGUCAACGAACAGGCCUGGGUGCUGAUCAAGCGGUGGGAAAAGGGCACCUCGGACGCCUGCGGCGGUCCCAAGUUGCUCUCCUUCCAAGGUCUGGGCGCGGGAGCAAAGUCCCCAAAGGCGAGAUGGAACUCGCUCUGGGGCUACACCGAACCCUUCGAUCGACACGACUGGGUGGUCCAGCGAUGUGACGGCAGCAAAGUUGAGUAUGUCAUUGAUUUCUACCAAGGCAAGGCCCGUGAAGGGAAGACUGGGCAGCAGGGAAAUAGUGCCCUCAAUUUCUAUCUCGAUGUACGGCCAAAGUUAAAUACUAUGGAAGGAUGGAGGAUGAGAGCGGAACAGUUGCUUGGGUUGAGGUAA